GUUGUCUAGCUCUAAGAUCUCUCUAUGCUCCAGACUACAACACCGACCCCACCGUACGGUCGUAUCCACAUUUUAUGAUGAGAAUAGCCUCUAUGAGGCUAUGGUAUGGAUUCAUGAAUCUUGAAACAGCAUGUUGGUCAGACUUUCAGCUUCUAUCAACGAUGAAGAUCCUCCUUAGCGGAUGCAAGAGAUGUUCUAAUUAUGAACAUUCACUGAGCAAGUCACGAACAAGUCUACGAAGCAUCUCUAUAUAUCUCUCUGAUGCCAUGGCCUUGUCACAAUGUAUAUCCGAACAAUCUUCACUGCACAACUCAGCAUUGCAUCCAUUAUGAGUUUCUUUGGACGAACCCCCUUCUCUAAGAGACGACUUGCUACCUAUCUCCUACUAUGGAACUCAUACUCCACAGACGUGGCUGCCAAACCACUUCCGCAAGAGGCACCUGAAGUAACGACACCUGUAGUCACUCCAGUGUUACUCACAAAUACUGGUGCCGAUGGGUCGACGGUUGUCCAAACAUUUACACCAACAUCCUUGGCGAUUAGUGGCUUAGUGCCCCCUAUCACGGCCGCAACCACCGUCACAACUACACUCACGGAGGAAAAUGGCGCUGUAGAGACUGUUGCCAUCGCCGUUGCUGCUGGUGCUGGUAUAGUCGCCGCUGGUGCCCUUGCUGCAUGGUUAUACAAACCUAUACCUGGCGAGCCUCCAGCUCCAACGAACCCUCCUGAGUAUAGUACAUCAAGCCAGAAUAACGAGCCCCCAAAGACGACAGACCCUCCAAAGACAAGUGACCCACCGUCAUGUCCAUUCCCCACGGGUGGCUCAAAAGUGGACUUCAAGAAAGUUGACAACCAGCCACAAUGGACUGCGGGCUCACCCCCAGAUAACGCCGAAGAGAUUGCGCCUAAGUGUGAGAAGUAUGGCAGCAAUAACCAACUGCUACGCGGAACUGAUCCGGGAUACAUCAAGGCGCUUGCAGAAGUGUUUUGCAAGAUGGACCUUACUAAGGAUCAGAGCAAGGAGAUUGGACAGCCUGACCUUCCAAACGAUAGCUCAUGGAAGAACGACAAACUUCAGAGUGUACGAGUGAAAUUUGACUUUAAGUAUUCUAGCACACAUGAUGGAUGCGCCAAGAAUUGUAACGACGCUGUUGGCAGAAUUCUUUCCAUGUGCCAGUAUGAUUCUCACUCGAUGUUCGGUGGUGGCUCCCUCGAACAAGGCUGCGGCACCUACAACUUCAUGGUCAACGCCGAUCCAAGGACUGAAUCUAGCUGCAAAAACCCUUCUAGUGACAUCUUUGUUAAAUACAUGUACCGUGACGCGGCAAUAGACGCGAUCAAUAACUUCUGCACGGCACAGGAUGGCCAUGUAUUGAAGGCCAAGGAUGACGGCAGCUACAUCAAGGAGUCCGCCUUCACAGCCAGUUACUCAGACAAAUGUACAGGCAGUGGAUCCUACACAAUCGAGAAAGACCUCUGUGUCAAGUACCUCAGCGAAACUGUCGAUAAUUGCGACACGGGCAGCGUCAACUAUAAGCACGGCGGCAUCACCACGGACACAGACAAUUGCGGCGCUUUCGAGUUCCACCCCAAUGGUGUAGACGUCUUCUCCUGCUAUCCAGACAACAAAGACAAGGGCUUUAUCAGCCAGGGCGAGCACAUCGCUAUCAGUCCUGAAAUGGCCGAAGACGUCAUCAGUCAGUUCUGCGACCGCUCCGGCGACGGCCAGUCGUACACGCUGGACCCUGACAAGAUCCCGGCGUCCAAUGCCUUUAUUCAGGACACGUGCGCUCAGGACGGUAUGGCGGCAUGCGCCUACUACUACACCAAUGACGGCAAGAGAGUCACUGACAAAGGAAGCCUUGGCGACCUUGUCGUGCGAGCAGAAGCAGCGUAUCAGGACUUUGGCACACCUCAAAACUGGGGCUGUGGGGCACGACAGAAGUACGAGAUUCACGGAGAUCGGUGCAAAAGGUACCUUAGGAAAGUCAUGGGAGUAGAGCCAAAGGGGCAAUGUGUGGGAAGUGAUCCGAGCAAGCUGGAUCUGGGAUCGUUCCUGGAAAGCGGCGACAAGGGGUGUGUGCUUUGGAACUUCUAUGCUGUCAAUACCCACUGAGAUGGGAGUGAGUCUUUGUUCGGAGCGGCUAUUGCAUGUGAGGCGUUUCUGGUAUGGUCGGUGUUCAUAGUGAAGCGCAGAGGGGUUCAAGUCUUAUUACGAUCUUUUUACAUAACUAUGGAGUGAAUCUAAACAACUGGUGCAGUAUGCUCG